UCUUGAUACUAAAUUUCUGCUGUUAUUCAUACUUUUAAUGUUAGUAUAUGGACUUAAUUGAUAACGUGUCAUAUUUCAGUGUUUUAUUUAUUGAUUAUUGGUGAUGCAAGAGAAUGCGGCUAUAUUGUAUUGCUUAUAAAAUAGGAUACAAAUGCGCUAUGUAGCCACCUCAGUGAGAGAGAGGGGAUUAUAGUGACCUUUGUUAUGUCUUCUGUGUAAUGGAAUCGUCGUUAUUUCUUUAGCCAAUUGGGUGCCGAAGCCUGAAAUCUCUGGUUUAAGCUUACCCGGCCUAUUUGGCAUUUUGAUUGAUGCUCCUGUGGCUCCCUCCAUCCGGCAAGCCAAAAAGGAGGUAGGGGGAAAACGACAAACGGCUGAAGUUCAGUGUUUCUCACACAUGCUCACGCACUCGCGGUUCUGAGACAGCGAGGAUCCGAGCAUUAAGCCGCGCUCCUGUAGCUGCGUGAUCAGGCGCGGCGCGGAGGAGCUCUGGGAGCGCGCGCCUCUUCGGGACCAUGGAUCAUAACAUAGGAGCACAUCUCCACCACACACACGUAGACUCCAUCAGCUUCGGCAUCGAUCAGAUUCUCAACAAUGCAGAGCAAGGGAGCUGUAUGAUCUCUAACCCCAGGAUGCAGGAUUUGGACUACGGGCUGGGGAGCAUUGUGAGCAAUGCCUACAACACCAUGACGGGCAACUACAACGGCAAUAACACCGGCGGAUACAACAGCAACGCGUGCAGCGCUGCACCACUCGGUGGCUCCUACAACAUGAACAUUGGCAUGAACGGGAACGGAAACGGCUUGAACGCGUCCGGGGUGAUCCGUGUACCCGCACACCGGCCACUCAACAGCAUGCACUCCUCCAUUCAAACAAGCGGGGCCACGGUGCACAACAUGGCAGCCAUGGGCACUCUGAACAACCUCACCGGAUUAACAUUUCCGUGGAUGGAGAGUAACAGGAGGUAUACCAAAGACAGGUUUACAGUGGCCCUCUCACCCUUCACUGUAACACGCCGUAUAGGUCACCCGUACCAGAACCGCACACCACCGAAGAAGAAGAAGCCGAGGACGUCGUUCACGCGCCUGCAGAUCUGCGAGCUGGAGAAGCGCUUUCACCGCCAGAAGUACCUGGCUUCAGCAGAGAGAGCCGCUCUGGCAAAAGCACUUAAAAUGACUGAUGCACAAGUCAAAACAUGGUUCCAGAACAGAAGAACAAAAUGGAGGAGGCAGACGGCGGAGGAAAGAGAGGCCGAACGGCAGCAGGCAAACCGCUUAUUAAUGCAGCUACAACAAGAAGCUUUUCAAAAGACUCUAAACCAGCCUGUAACUCCGGACCCGAUCUGCCUGCACAACAGCUCCCUGUUCGCCCUGCACAACCUGCAGCCAUGGACUGAUAAUACCAACAAGAUCAGCAGCGUCUCCACCUGCGACUAGCAACACCAACUUUUCCCUUUUGUAGGCUCUAUGUAGAUCUAGCUCUAUAUUAUUUAAUAAUCCCGGCGUCACUUUUCCACCAACUGUUACUCUUAUUGUGUGUUAGCCUGCAGGAGAACAGAUUUUAUUUCUUUACGGCUUCUUCUUGUCUCCAGUCUGAACGAAAACUGUACGAAUUAUUCUAAAUACCAGGUGUUUGUAAGAUAAGGGUUUUACUGGCGUACUCACACGUGUAGUAGGCUAUAUUUUUAUAUAUACAGCAUUUUUGCACUUUUACUCUCCACUGCAUUUUAGAUUAAAUUACACAAAGUCCUGGGGUUAAGUUGCAACAUUAAAAAAAAAAAAAAAAAAAAAAAAAAAAAAAUUACACAGAAAAUGGAUUUCAAGAAGGUUUCAAGCACUUAUUCUGGGGGUACUUCCUACCAAACAAAUCCGGUAAUUCUGUAUAGUUUUGAUAGAACAUGGUCUUAAUGUUAUGGUUUUAAUUUUUUAUAUACAUGGACAAAGCAAGCUACAACAGCAAUCACAUACUUUAAAUUUAUUCAGCAUGCUACGCUUAAUUACAUACUUUCCUCAACUUAGGUUUCAUAUUAAAUAAAUCAGAGAUAGUUAUCUGAAACCAACCCUAUUUUAAUACCAAGAGUCUUCUCUUCGUUGUUCUUCACGUUAAUUACAGCUGGAUAUAUUAUUUUGCAGUAAAACAGCUGUAUAUUAUUGUGUCAAAUACAUUUUUCAUUCAACUACUUUGUUCAGAUAAAGUUUUAAACACUGAACUCAAAUUUUAUUCCUUUUUUUUUUUACUCAAAGAAACAUCUUUUUAUACUGACACACUGUAGCAACACAAAUUUUAGAUAGAUAUUGGAUUUCAUUUCAGAGUGAAUGACUGUUUUGGUUGCAUGAUAAAUGUAUGUCCUCCUCGUUGUAUGGGGACUGUAACAGUGUGUUUGUAAUAUUAAAUAUAUGCAGAUGUGA